GCCCCCGCGAGCAAGGCCCCCCAGAACGACGCUAAAAAGCCGGCCGAGGAAGAGAAAGAGAAGGCCUGCGAGCAAGCCAAAGCCGAAGAGACCCAAGCCGCCCAACCGACGUCCACCCCCGCUCCGGCCCCGAAGCCCUCCGUCUACAAGACCAACUACGAGAAGGACGUGGUGUACCUGUACCAGUUCUCGCGCACGCCGCUCAUCCCGUCGCUGUCUCCGUUCUGCCUCAAGGUGGAGACCUGGCUGCGCCUGGCGGGCCUGAAGUACGAGGUGAGUACAGACUGGAUUGAUGCAGUAGGAAACGUGUGUCGUAGAAUAGAAGCGGAAACUGCUUCCUGCCAUUCGACUGAUAAGCGAAUGAAUUAG